UAUAUUCAUAAUCUGGGAUGUUUGUGUUGGGGUCUGUCGAGAGCUUGGACGCCGCCAUGUUUUCCCGAACUGCGCUGUCUCAUGGGAAGGACAUCAAGUCUCUUGUUUUGAAAUUCCAAGAUCAAAUGGAGACGAAAGACAAUUCCUUACAACAGGUGGACCUAAGCUGUCACAGUGAGGAUGAAGAUUUUUCAUUCAGGUCACCUAAAAUGGAUUUAGGGACCGCACUGGAUGGGUGCUCCACCGCCCUUGGUCUUUUUCUGAACAACAGGUUUGCUGAUUCUUUGGCCCUCUUAAAACCCUGGAAGAGUCAAAGCAUAUACCACGCAGUCGGCUACAGUAGCAUCUUGGUGAUGCAGGCAGGCAUGACCUUUGACCCAAAGGACAUGGAUGUUGCAAUGACAUCACUGAAAGAAUCCCUGCAGACAUGCCAAAGUUUUCGGAAGAAAACUGGAAUAGUGGAGACUUUAACCAGCCUAUUGUAUAGACAACCAGUUGACAACCUGACAGAAGAAGAGAUGCAUGCAGAGCUGUGCUAUGCUGAAGUUCUGCUGCAGAAAGCUGCUCUCACAUUCCUGGAUGAGAGUAUACUCUGCUUCAUCAAAGGAGGAAUGAGAAUCCGAAACAGUUACCAGAUUUACAAGGACUGCCAGGCCUUGGUAAACAUCACAAAAGACAUGGAACAACAUAAGAGCACGUACAUUCAUUUUAGGGGCGGCGUCAACAUGGGUAUUGGAUCAUUUAAUCUGAUGCUGUCACUGCUUCCAUCCAGAGUCCUCAGACUGAUGGAGUGGUUGGGUUUCUCAGGAGACCGGGAAAUGGGUUUGUCGGAGUUGAGAGAGGGAGCAGCAAACAACAACCUGCGCUCUUUCCUCAGCACCGUGACUCUGCUGACAUUUCAUCUCUACAUUACAGUGAUUUUGGGUACUGGUGAAGGAAACCUUACUGAGGCGGAAGCUCUGCUGAAGCCCUACGUUGAAAAGUUCCCUAAUGGAGCCCUUAUUCUUUUUUACACUGCGAGAAUUGCUUUGCUCCAAGGAAACUUCACAUUUGCCCAGGAGAAGUUCCUGGCAUGUAUUGCAGCACAGGAAGAGUGGCGUCAGAUUCACCACCUGUGUUACUGGGAGCUAAUGUGGGCUUACUCCUUCGAACUAAAUUGGAGGAAGGCGUAUCGAUACGCUGACCUGCUCUGCAAAGAGAGCAAGUGGUCGCAGGCCGUCUAUGUAUUCCAGAAAGCAGCCAUCUUGACCAUGCUACCAGAGGAAGAAGUGACUGAACUGGGAGAAAAUGUGGUUGAAUUAUUCAGGCAGGUGGAUGGUCUCAGACUGAGGAUCGCUGGGAAGUCGAUUCCAACGGAGAAGUUUGCGGCGAAGAAGGCGCAGCGAUACCAGUCAUCUAACCCUGUGAAACUAGUCGUCCCUGCUUUGGAAAUGAUGUACGUGUGGAAUGGCUUCACAAUAGUUGGCCAAAGACCCGAGUUGACUGAAAACAUCUUGACCAUCUUGGAGAAAGCAGAUGAGCAGCUCAGAGAUGAUCCGAACCCAUCAGAGUAUCACAUAGAUGACCAGUGUGUUGUCCAGCUGCUGAAGGGCCUGUGUCUACGACAUUUGGGGCGUCUGGUCCAGGCUGAGCUCUGCUUCAAUCAUGUCAUUUCCAGUGAAAAUGAUAUCAAGCAUGACAACUACCUGGUGCCGUUUACCAUGUUGGAGCUGGGCCUGUUGCAUAGACAGAAAGGUGACAUCAACACGGCCAUCACCAUGAUAGAAAAUGUCAAGGUGAACUACAAAGGCUACAGCAUGGAGUCGAGGCUACACUUCCGCAUCCAUGCAGCACUCAACACCAUGGGCUCUUUUUCAGCCAAACUUCCCCCUUCACGUACGCCAGCUUAAAAAACCCAAAGACAGGCAGCUCUACAAAAAGCAUAGCGGUAAACCUGACCUAACCUGACCUCAACCCUGUUUGCUGCUUUAAACUCUGUGACUGUACUUGAAAUCCUCCAGAUGGACCAUCUUGCUGACAGCCCUUUCUUAAUGGUAUACAAUACAUCCAUACUUAAUUCUGAAUUUAAGCAAGAACAGAGAAGUAAACUCUGUCGACUACUUGGUUUGAGUGGCUUGGUAAUUUCCACUGAAUUAAACUAUAGCUUGUCAGAACCAGGGCAACAUAAACCCAGGAAGACGUUAUAAACAGGACAUAAAUUAAAUGCAUUAGUCAAGAAAGAAAAAUUCUUGGUUUCAUUGGACUUAACACCUUUUGCUCUUUUGAAGUCUCAAAUAAUUUAAUAUCCAGUUUGAGACUUCACUUGUUUGCUUUUGUUCAUGAGAUUAAGUUGUUGUAAUAUUUAAAAAGACGUUGAACAUGGCCUGCAGUUCAGUUAUGUUUUACAUGUAACAAUAUUUGCGUCAUCUUCUUUCUGUGCAGAAUGAAUCAGUAUGCUUAAAUGUUAUUUACUUAAUAAAUAAGUUAUCAAAUGAUGUGUUAUUUUUAAUGGUGACACAAAAUGUAAGGUAUGCAUGUUGUUGGUGUAUUUGUAGUACAUUUGAUCACUGAAUUUGAAAUAAACUUUGAUCAAAUACA